AACGAGGAUUAAUUAUAUUUAUUGUAAGUAAUUAUGGGUUCCUUUAGGUCAUCAAUAUUACUUUCCUUCAUUCUUCGAGUUUAGAACAAUCGCAUGGCGAAUCCGAACUGGAUAGCUUAAUAUAGCAUCCUGCAGGCCUAAUUCGAAAGCCCGAGCCCUGGCUUAGAUGCUUCAUUGUGAAGUAUAAGUCAGUGCGGUGGAAUGGCUUGAACUUGGUGCUAGCUAGUGUGGAAAUAACAGCGGGCAUCUUGACCAGCAAGCGGCAAAUGGUAAAGAAUAUCAGCGUAGGAUCUUAAAAGAAAGAAUAACUUCGUCAGGGGAAAAGCAUAAAAGAAGGUUAAGUAAUAACUCAAAAGACAAAUCCUUUCUUUCAAUGCAAACAACACCUGAAUUCCUUGCAUAUAAAAUUACAUUCUGUAAAAACAACAAUCAUCGAUAUCUUUGUCUUUCUCCUCCAACUCUACCCCCCAAAAAAAUGGCCUUUGCCAAUUUUCUUCUUAUUCUCUUACUGUUACCUUCGUUCCAAGCUUUACCUGAUGUUAACCCCUUAAAAGAACAGAACUUAACCGCUCAACCAUUGGCAUUGAUCAUACAGGCUUGCACAGGCAUUGAUAGUCAGGAUUUAUGCCCCUCAACUAUACAAGAUGAGCUUCAAAGCUUAGGGCCUCAAACCCCAUCUUCAGUUUUACAUGCUGCUCUCAGGGCCACGCUUAAUGAAGCAAGACAAGCCGUUGAAACAAUAACGAAGUUCACUGGUUUGUCUGUCAGUUAUCGUGAACAAAUAGCAAUUGAAGAUUGCAAGGAACUCCUUGAUUUCUCUGUCUCGGAGUUGGCCUGGUCUUUAGCUGAGAUGCAAAAUAUUCGUGAUGGAAAUAGAAAUGCUGAAUACGAAGGCAACCUGAAAGCUUGGUUAAGUGCUGCAUUGAGUAACCAAGACACCUGCCUUGAAGGCUUUGAAGGCACAGAUCGCCACCUUGAGAACUUCGUCAGAGGAAGCCUGAAACAAGUUACACAACUUAUUGGCAAUGUUUUAGCAAUGUACACUCAAUUAAAUAGCUUGCCCUUUCGACCACCUCUUAGUAGCAUUUCCAAAAAUAAAAGCUCAAACUUUCCAGAGUGGAUAACUGAUGGCGAUCAAGAGCUUCUACGAACUAAACCACGAGGCAUGCACGUAGAUGCCGUUGUGUCAUUAGAUGGAAGCGGGCAUUAUCAGACGAUCACAGAUGCUAUCAAUGAGGCUCCAAGUUAUAGUAAUAGGCGGUACAUCAUUUAUGUGAAGAAGGGAGUUUACAAGGAGAACAUUGACAUGAAGAGGAAAAAAACCAAUAUUAUGCUGGUGGGGGAUGGAAUUGGACAAACUGUUGUGACAGGGAACAGGAAUUUCUUGCAAGGAUGGACUACAUUUCGAACUGCAACCGUUGCUGUUUCUGGAAAGGGAUUUAUAGCAAGAGACUUGACAUUUCGCAACACAGCCGGACCCCAGAACCACCAGGCUGUGGCUCUCCGAGUCGAUUCUGAUCAAUCCGCCUUCUAUCGUUGCAGCAUGGAAGGCUACCAGGACACCCUCUACAUUCACUCCCUCCGCCAAUUUUACCGUGAAUGCAAAAUUUAUGGCACCAUAGACUUCAUUUUUGGCAAUGGUGCAGCUGUCCUCCAGAACUGCAAAAUAUUCACUCGAGUCCCCUUACCACUUCAGAAGGUUACAAUCACUGCUCAGGGAAGGAAAAGCCCCCAUCAACGCACCGGGUUUUCGAUUCAGAACAGCUAUAUUCUUGCCACUCAACCAACCUAUUUAGGGAGGCCAUGGAAGCAAUAUUCCAGGACAGUUUUUAUGAACACCUACAUGGGUGGUCUGGUGCAGCCUAGAGGGUGGCUAGAGUGGUAUGGCGACUUUGCCUUGAGAACACUUUGGUAUGGUGAGUACAGGAAUUAUGGACCUGGUGCAUCAUUAUCUGGACGAGUGAAAUGGCCGGGUUACCACAUUAUCCGAGAUGCUUCAGCCGCUAAUUUCUUCACGGUUGGAAGGUUCAUUGACGGCCGGUCAUGGUUGCCUGCAACCGGUGUCAAAUUCACCGUAGGUUUGAGCAAUUAGAUCGAUGGAUAGCUAUAUAUAAUUUAUAAUACUAAUUUUUCAGUGUUUGUACUGAUUUACGUCUGUUUCACCCCCAAAAUUGAGGAUCAGAUCUGGCAGCUUCAUUAUGCCUGAUUAUUAGAUAUGAUUACUAUUGAUAUUGGUUUUUAGCCUCGUUACUUAGAAGGAGCUUGUUUCAAAGGCUCGAAAGCUCAAUGGUGGGCAACAAAAAAAGAAUUCCACAGUUCAACAAGUUUAUAUGUGACCAACCCACUUGUAUCUCUUUACCCAAAGCCAAAACAUCAGAAAAUUUCAAUUUCUUAAGAAUGGGGAUGCCAUCGGAUAACAAAACAGUUCACCUCAUUUCAACAGGUUCUGUUUAAUCUUAGCUAGCUAUUGCUCAUGAUUAAGAAUCACAAUGUUUCUUGCCUGGACAGCAACCUUAACUAUUAAGAACAAGAUUCAAGGCUUCUGACAUGAUGCAUGGUAACGUUUCUUUCCUAUUCCACAAAGAUUGAACCAAACCCAACAUGCAAAAAGACUAAUAAGUAAUUAAGGCUUCAUUCUUGACCAAAUCAGAUAA